AUGGAGCACGGAACGCCAGAAAAGAUCCUUACCGAUCAAGGCACUAAUUUCACUAGUGAAAUGUUUAAAAAUACGUGCAAAUUACUACAGAUAGAAAAAAUACAAACAACGGCGUAUCACCCCGAAAGGUUUACACCCUUUGAAUUAAUGUAUGGCCAUCAAGCCAUUCUACCAACCGCGCUAACAAGACCGCCAAAAACGACGUACUCAUACGAAGAUUACGCACAAGAAUUACGCGAGCGAAUACGCGCUACAAACCAGGUAGCACGGGAACACGCGCAAGCGGAGAAAAUCAAAGCUAAGCGACAAUACGAUAAAUCCGCGAGAAAGGAGAAGUUCGAAGUAGGCGACAAGGUUCUCCUAUAUGAUGAAACAGGUAUUCCUUGUAUGGAGGCUCACAGAUGGAAUGUCACCUGCACACACACCUACAUAUCGCUGGGAGACGUUCCGGAAUACGCCCGGAAUAUACUUCGAGGAAAUCGGGUUGCUGAAUCAAGUGGAGGCUGA